AUGUGUUUUCUGAAGUGUAAAAACGAUUAUGGGACUCCACGGAUAUCAGCUAGCGCUGUCGGCGGUGCGUUCGACAGUACACUCCUAUCUCCGAGAGCACAUGUCUCCAAAGGAACAAAGCGCUCGCUUUACCAAUGCAACAAAAAGACGAAAAACUGGUGCUACACGAACCAGGAGGCCGCCCAGCUGGACCCGGACGACCCCGUUAGAACGUGGGACCAUCUGAUCAUGCCUCUUAGCUUCCCCGGUCUAGACUUCGAUCAGAUGGCGAUGGAGCGAAGCAACACCGCCCCGGACAAAACAGAUGUUCGGAUCUACUACAGCCCUCCGUCGCGGCGCAGAGUAGCUAUGGCCCAGCAAAAACAUAGCCCCUCGGUAGACAGGGAAUCGGUGACCACGGCGUCCCCAUGGUUCACUCCGCCCUCAUCUUUUUCUGCUCUCGGUUUGGACUCGAAUUUAAGCGAUGAUAUGAAAGAGAUCACGGCAAGCUGGAGGAACGUUCAGGAGAAAUGGGUGAACACGGCUAGCUCUGGUACGCAAACUCAGACGAGGCCGCAGAUGGUGAGCGUGGCGAUGCAAACCGACGCCUCCCACGGGUCACUAAGGAGCCCGAGUCGCGUCCCGAACAGCCCCUCCCCGUCCUCCAUUCCUCCACCCCUCGCUUCUUCGGCGAACGGGGUCACGGGGCGAGCAGAGAGGCCGCGAGGCGUGACCACGUCGCCUAAACUUCGCAGACACUCUUCUUCGAUACCUUCGUCGAUGUCGUCAUCUUCGUCGUCGUCAUCGAACAGGGACAGAGCGAUGUGGAACCUCGCGCAACAAAAUCACAACGGACUGACGUGGACGAGGCAGGCGGGUCAAAGGGCGGAGCAGGCAGAACGCGGCGCCAAACCUCCGACUAAACCGGGCGCUGCCAACAAAUGUGGGCUUGUGACCGAGUUUUUACGACGGGUGAGCGGAAGAGCAGACAAACCCGCGCAGAGCAACGGGCAGAAAACCAAAAGCAGCAGUCCCCUGAAGAACUUGGAGCGGGUCCCGACACGAUCGCCCGGAGCCGCACUGCAGAGGAGCGACAGCGUGACCAGAAUCGUAAACCAGCGCUUCAUGAAGCAGAGAGACGACAGAGCCAACGGUCAGAGCCAGGGAGCUCGCCUGACCCCCGUCCCAGGAGAGGAGUCUAAUUACGAGUGUGGCUCCGGCGGGUCGUUGUCGUUCUGUUUUUCGCGCCCGUCCCGCUCGGCGCCUCGUCCCGUUUCGCACCAGGGCAAAGUGCAGCCACGCAGAUACACCCCCCCCAGUCCAGCUGUGCAUGAGCCGUGUGCAAAUGGAACAGGUGUUUUUUCAGGUUCACCUUCCUGUUUAUAG